AUGGUUUUGCGUUGCAAGAACUGUGGUAAUACCGAGCUAGUAGUGGACAGUUCCACGCCGAACAAUGAUUUGGUAUGUGUGGCAUGUGGUGUUGUGAGCGAGGAGAAUCCUAUUGUCUCUGAGGUUACGUUUGCCGAGACAAGUUCUGGUGCCGCCACGGUUACGGGUUCUUUCCUGAGUGCCGGCCAGUCACACACGUCUGGCGGUCUGGGAUCCAAUGCUAUGGAAUCAAGAGAAGCGACAUUAAAUAAUGCGAAGAAGAAACUAAGAGCUGUCGGGCAUGCACUAAACAUCCCAGAUUAUAUUGUGGAGGCAUCUCACCAAUGGUACAAACUGGCGCUGGCGUAUAAUUUUGUUCAAGGUAGAAGAUCACAGAAUGUUAUUGCGGCUUGUUUGUAUAUCGCAUGUCGUAAAGAAAUGACACACCACAUGCUUAUCGAUUUUUCAUCCAGACUUCAAGUCAGUGUUUAUUCGAUUGGUGCAACUUUUUUGAAAAUGGUCAAGAGAUUGCAGAUUACAAAACUCCCAUUAGCCGAUCCUUCUCUAUUUAUACAGCAUUUUGCAGAAAAACUAGAACUUGGAGAAAAGAAAAUAAAAGUGGUACGAGAUGCCGUGAAGUUAGCACAGAGAAUGUCUAAUGACUGGAUGUUUGAAGGAAGAAGACCUGCGGGUAUCGCAGGUGCUUGUAUCCUUUUGGCUUGUAGAAUGAACAAUCUACGCAGAACGCACUCAGAAAUAGUUGCUGUAUCACAUGUAGCAGAAGAAACUUUACAGCAAAGAUUAAACGAAUUCAAAGGAACCAAAGCAGCUUCAUUAUCGGUGAAAGAGUUUAGAAACGAUGAUCCAAAGAAAGAAGAUUCUGGCGCUGCUCCUCCUUCAUUUACUAAAAAUAGAAAACAAGAAGUGGCCUUGAAAAAGAAACUAGAAAAAAAAGAGCUAUAUGAAACUAGUGAAGAGGCUUUAGCAAGAAACCCUAUCCUAACUCAAGUGUUGGGUGAACAAGAGCUUUCCUCCAAGGAAGUUUUAUACUAUUUAAAAGAGUUCACACAGAAGCGUGAGAAAGUUAUUCAGAGAUUGAAAACAACACAUGGUAUUGAUGACAGCGAUGUACUACAAUCACAGGGAACAGACGAAGAGGAAGUAGUAACUAAUGGAGGAGAAACAAAUGAAACAAACGAACACAAUAACAAGAAAAGAGUGAGAGAAGACUCUCAAGAAGUUGAGGAAUCUGUAGCCAGUGAUGCCAAAAGCUUAAACGUUACUUUAUCCUCUGGAAGGAAAAUUAAUGAUCUAAUAGAUGGUUAUUCGUUAGAAAAGGAUCCCUACAGACCAAGGAACCUAAAUAAGCUACCAACUACCGAAUCCCUGCUGUCUAAAGUACCAGAUGACCCAGAAAAUCUUGAUGAUGUCGAUGAUGAAGAUCUAGACGCUUUAAUUCUGGACGAAGAAGCUUCCAAGUUGAAGGAAAGGAUAUGGAUUGGUAUAAACAGUGAAUAUUUGCUCGAACAAGAAAGUAAAAGGCUAAAACAAGAAGCAGAUAUUGCUGCAGGAAAUACCUCCGGUAAAAAGAAACGUCAAAAGAAACGUAAAAAUAAGAAUGACGGUGAAGUUGUAAGUGCUGUGAAUACUAUGGCUGAUUUGAAGGACAAAUCUGGCUUCAUUGCUGCACUUAGACACGCUGAAGAAAUCGGUGAUACCACUGCUGCAGAAAGUGUUAAAAAGAUGCUUCAAAAGUCCACAUUUUCUAAGAAGAUUAAUUAUGAUGCCGUGGAGGGGCUUUUCAACCACGCUGCUUAA